ACCUCCCUGUGCGCCGCUUAACGACGUAACUUUCAAGUGAUGCAUUUAAGGAACAUUCGUAACUCUGUGAACUGCAGAAAAUAACUCGAGUUACACUUACACUGCUAGGAACACUUACAUAGUAUUAACGUAACUGGGGUGUAAUCAGCGAUGAUAACGGUUCCCAGAGACACAUGAUUCACGUGAAGACCACGCCAUUUCAUUGUCAAUCGCCUAGAGACGUGGGAAAACAGAAAAGAAAGGAAACAGUACAUGGUGAACUGCGGCCUGACCCUUGCUGUGCGUUAUUUCAUACCGUGGUAUUUAUGCAUGGUGCUGAAACCAUAUCAACCCUUACAGAUUUCGCCUCUCAUCACUGAUGUGCAAUAACGCAGUUUCACGAAGGUAAAUAAACACUGGCAUUUGUAACAGAAAAUUCCCCUCUGCAUUUGUAAUGGUCAUUUAUUUAUGUUUGGAUUUUACCAUUGUCUGGACUACGAUAUUGUUUGUCGUUCUCAUCUUUUGUAAUACCCACAAUUCACUCACAGUGUCGCUGUCCACUAGCUUUACUAAAUGGUGUUAGAUUAUCUUGCCCUACUCGGCGCACAUUUCCAGAUCCUAACAGAGGCAUCGUCGGUUAAAAACGGUGAAGUCGCACCAUUUCUAGUCGGACUAGCACUUGUUAUUUGACGAGGAUUCCAGCUGUCUGGGCAUUUUUAUUCAACAAGUCCUGCUUCUGGUGGAUUUGGCCCUGGUCUUGCCUGACAAUGGGACACAAAGCAUUCUCAGCGGUCCGCCUGGUCGCCUCGGUUGGAGUAUUUCUUCUAGCGCUGCAAAUCGUGUGUGGCGAUGUGUCUUAUUCUGUUCCGGAGGAGAUGAAACGCGGCUCUGUUGUUGGAAAUAUAGCGAAAGAUCUGGGAAUUGACGUCGGCAAACUGGGUGCUCGAAAGGCGCGUAUUGAUGCAGACGGAAACAGCAAACGCUAUUGUGACAUCAAUCUGAGUACCGGGGAUAUCAUUGUUGCCGACAGGAUUGACAGAGAGGGCCUUUGUGGUAAGAAGGCAUCUUGCGUCUUAAAACAAGAACUUGUUUUGGAGAAUCCGUUAGAGCUGCACCGCAUCAGUGUUCACGUUCAAGAUAUCAACGAUAAUUCACCACAGUUUAAAAAGAACACAAUAAAAUUUGAAAUUGGUGAAUCAGCCCCCAAAGGAAGUCGCUACCGUCUAGAUGAGGCCCACGAUGCAGAUGUUGGACAGAACGCUAUCCAGGGUUAUAGUAUUGAGGCAAAUGGAAACUUCAGAUUGAAUGUUAUCGCAAAAAGCGGAGGGGGGAAAUACAGCGAGUUAGUUUUAGAAAAGGAGCUGGAUAGAGAACAACAGCAGGAGCUAACGAUUGUGCUAGUGGCAACAGACGGAGGCACACCACAGAGAUCAGGCACUGCAGUUAUUCAUGUAGCUGUGCUGGAUGCUAAUGAUAACGCCCCAGUAUUCAGCCAGGCCGUUUAUAAAGCCAGCCUGCCUGAAAAUUCUGCUUUAGACACCGUUGUGGUCACAGUGAGCGCAACUGAUGCAGAUGAGGGAAUUAAUGGAGAGGUGAUUUAUGAAUUUGAUCACAUUUCAGAUGAAGAUAAUAACGCAUUUUCUCUUGAUCAGACAACCGGUGAAGUGAAAGUCAGUGGAUCAAUAGAUUAUGAGGAGCUGUCCGCAUAUGAAAUGCAAAUUACAGCCAAAGAUGGGCUUGGAUUAGUGUCAUCCUCUACAUUGAUUAUUGAUAUAACUGAUGUAAAUGACAACGCCCCUCUUACUUUCAUUAAGACGCUGACUAACCCCAUACCUGAGAACGUGUCACCUGGUACAGAGGUGGGCAUCAUUAACGUGCAGGACAGAGACUCAGAGAGAAACGGACAGGUCCGCUGCUCCAUUCAGCAAGGAGCCCCUUUUAAGUUGGUUCCUUCUAUUAAAAACUAUUAUUCUCUGGUGACCACAGGACAACUGGACCGUGAACUAGUGUCUGAUUACAACAUCACAAUCACUGCCACUGACGAGGGCUCUCCACCUCUGUCCUCCUCUAAAAGUGUUCAGUUAUCUGUAGCAGACAUCAACGACAACCCACCUGUGUUUGAGGACCAGUCGUACAGCGCAUAUGUGAGUGAAAAUAACAAACCCGGCUCCACUUUAUGUUCCGUUACUGCUCGAGACCCCGACUGGAGACAAAACGGUACAGUGAUUUAUUCUGUGUUACCCGGUGAGGUGAACGGUGCCCCGGUGUCCUCCUAUGUGUCUGUUAACGGAGACACGGGGGUGAUCCACGCUGUGAGGUCGUUUGAUUAUGAACAGUUGAGGAGUUUUAAAGUGCAGGUGAUGGCCAGAGACAACGGUUCUCCUCCUCUCAGCAGCAACGUGACCGUCAGUGUGUUCGUAUCGGAUGUGAACGACAACUCUCCUCAGAUACUGUACCCCGCCCCGGAGGGCAACUCCUUCAUGACCGAGCUGGUCCCCAAAGCUGCACACGGAGGCUCUCUGGUGUCCAAAGUGAUCGCGGUGGACGCGGACUCCGGACAGAACGCCUGGCUGUCCUACGAAAUAGUGAAAUCCACCGAUCCGGGACUUUUCACUAUCGGUGUCCACAGCGGAGAGAUCAGGACACAGCGGGACAUUUCUGAAUCUGACAGCAUGAAACAGAACCUUAUUGUGGCAGUGAAAGAUAACGGACAGCCCUCUCUGUCUGCCACCUGUUCCAUGUAUUUACUUAUUUCUGAUAACUUGGCUGAGGUGCCAGAACUGAAGGACAUUUCUUAUGACGAGAAGAAUUCCAAACUGACUUCUUAUCUGAUCAUCGCGCUGGUGUCUGUGUCCACCUUUUUCCUGACCUUCAUCAUCAUCAUUCUGGGUGUGAGGUUUUGUCGCAGGAGAAAGCCCAGACUGUUGUUUGAUGGAGCAGUCGCCAUCCCCAGCGCUUAUCUCCCACCUAAUUACGCAGAUGUUGACGGCACAGGAACUUUACGCAGCGCCUACAACUAUGACGCAUAUCUGACAACAGGAUCUAGAACCAGCGACUUUAAGUUUGUGACAUCUUACAAUGACAACACACUGCCUGCUGACCAGACUCUGAGGAAAAGUCCGUCAGACUUCGCAGAUGUCUUUGGAGAUUGUGAUGGUUCUCCUGAGGUAGGCACAUGUUUCCCAUAACGUUUGACUUCAUCCCGAUGAUCCAGCCAUUAAAAAAAAGAUAAAUCAGAAUGCAAAUUAUAACUGAAGGAACGGUUAUAAUUUAUACUCCCCUUUUUGUGUUUUUACGAUCCUUUGAAAUAUAGCAUCCAUUUGAGUUGAAGUCACCUUGCGUAAAUUACUUUAACUGGUUUCUAAACCCACAAACUGUAUGGUCACCCAUCGAGAUUUACUGUGGGAUGCAGUUAUUUGAUAGUAUGUUUUAAUCCGAGUAGAGGGCUGUUGAUAUCGUUUGCAUCCUUUCCCUUAAAACAACCUAUUUGUUAACACAGCAUCUGUGUUUCUGCCUCUGUCUUCUUAAUAGAGCAGCAGCUUCAGCUUGUUCUUUGUGUCUCUGUCCUUGGUGCUGAACCUUGCUCUGGCUUUUGUGAAGUCAAGAGCAACUUAUUUCCAUUUUCUACCUUUUCAUUUUUUAUUAUUUUACUUCACCGUUUCAGUAAGAAAUGUGUCUUCCUUAAC